UUGUAAUUUUUUUUAUCCUUUCCUGUUUUUUGUCAGAGGAUAAAAGAUUGCCAUGAGAGAUUAUUCUUCCCCUUGUGACUCGUAAUAGCUAGGUCAACACCUGUCAUCAAGACCUACUGAUUAAUUUUUUUUGCUGGUAGUUGUUGGAAGCUGGCAGUGCAGUUGAGAAGGUGCCAGCUCUUUGUUACCCAUGGAUUGACUGAUGUGGGCCAUGCAAAAAACAGCAUUUUGUAUUUCUCUAAACUGAGCUGUUGGAGUCCUUGGUGUGGUGGUUCAUCUUGCAGAGCAGACACCGGAGAGGUUUGUUGUGAGCAGCAUCACAGUGUGUAUCUUCAGAGAAAAUCUCUUCUGCUUCUCCCCCCUCUGCACAUAGAGUUAACAAUAAAGUCCCCCUGUUUCUAGUUUAGAUGCCCAGGAUCCAGCUCCAGAUAGAUAAAUCUGCUGGUUUUAGGAGUAUGCUGUGCAGUGCAUCAGUGUGAUUUGUCUGUAAACACGAUGCAUCUUUUUCUCUUGAAUUUCUCUGUGGGUUUUCAUGUUUUAUUUAAUGUUUCACAGUGACAGUGUUUAUCUCCCUGCUGACUGAAUUCCCAAAUGGCACCUUUCUUAUACCACCUACGAGGCAGCAGAAUAACAUCCCCUGAGUAUUACCCACCCUUCUUUAACCUGCACUAGGUUUCUUCUUUGUUAAUAAAGAAACCUUCCAAGAAGAGAUUCAAAGAAGCUAGACAUGGAAGUUGGGAAUUGCUGGAGUUGACUUCGAAGGAAUAAGAAUUUCUGAGCAUACAGAGGGUCUAAAUGUCAGUAUGAAAUAUUAGUUAAACAAUGGCAGCAGUAGGUUUGGGAACGCUCAAGUCCAAGAUAAAUGCUUUAAGUCACAAAGUGAAAGAAGUCAUAGAGCAUGGAGUUGUCAUUUGUAUAUCACCCUGUUUGCAUGAUUUAUUCAUCUGUUGUUACACAAUUCAUUUUAGGAGAAACAUGUGUCUGUUUGACACAGACUUUGCAUCUUCAGUUGGAGACCAAACUUUGUUUGGCACAGACUUUCCUGAGGGUUGCUGUGCUGCCAGCUGAGUUCUCCGAGUGUUUGGUAACAGCGAAAGGCAUCCUUUUAACAUGGUUAUCCACUUUAACUGUUAUAAUCGCAUUUGUUCUGAAUUCCCUGAGUACCAUGUGUUGAUUUCAUUAGUGAAAGCAAACUGGAUAAAAAUAGGAAGUGGAUUUACUUCUGGUGCAUAGGUAUUGGGAAAAGAGAAUGAGGAAAAGCAGUGACAACAACUUGUGGAAAAGAUUGCAGUAGGUUGGGCCAGCAGCAGCUGCUGCUGUAGUUUAGGGAGCAGUGUGAAUUCAAGACAAAAAAAAGGGGCAGGAGUGUCAUCCUGAUGGUAGCCAUGGACUAGCACAGCUAGCCCCCAGGUCGGAUCUUGAGGCAAAGGUUUUAAUGAAAAAAAAUCAGUUGUAAUGGAAUAAGCAUUGAUUUACCAGGUAAGAAACAUUGCAGUUCCUUAAGUCUGUAUGUCACCCAAUGCUUUCCUCUUACACUGAGUAUUUUUGUCUCAAAAUGAGAAGGCAGAUUUUGGUCACUAUUAGCCCUGGAUAACAUCAGCAGGUUUCAUGGAUUUACUCCACAGGUAUUGGAAUAUCUGGUGGUGUACCAUUUUUCAUUUAUAAACUGCAAUCAAGUUUAAUGUAAAAAGUUACAAAAAACAUUAAAAUAUAUGUUUUAUUUAUACAGGGCAAUAUUAAUUAUUUUCUCAUAUGUUUUUGUCUCACAUAGGGCUCUGUGUGUGCAAGUUCAUUCUGUAAAUUCAUUCUUGGAUUCCACACUUGGCCAUAAACACUUUUUCAUAUGUAGGCUUCCACUAAUUUUCAUUGAGCAACAGAUAGUAUAUAUUUGCCCAUUAAAUUUCUAAUGCAUCCAUCAUCCUUGUUGGUCUUACUAUCAAUAAAGAGAUCAUUGUGAAGUUGGAGAUUAGAAAGUUUAUGGAACUAUUCAGAGGAAAGGGCCUGUGCUGUAGGGAAUGUCAGUGCAUGGAGGUUUGUAACAGUACUGGCACUCUUAACGUGCAGCUGUCCAGGGCUGGGAGAAUUUAAAAAUUAGAAUGCACAUCCACUGUACUUUGGUGAAUUUUGUUGAAAAGACUCGGCAGACAAGAGACCUGCUUUUGUGCAGCCUCUUCUGUGAGGUUGAAAUGUGGCUUUAACCCACCAGCUACAGAGAACAGCUGGUUCUGUUGAAUUUCCUGUAUCAGCUUCAGACCAAAAACCCAGAGCCUUCAUGAAUUCUGUGUUUGAUGGAACUCUUUGCUGUUUCUCCCCAUUCCUGGAGGGGUUUAAAAGCCAUGUGGAUGUGACACUUGGAGACAGAGGUUAGUGGUGGCCUUGGCAGUGCCAGGGGGAAUGGUUGGACUUGAUGGUCUGGGAGGGCUUUUGCAGUCCAAAUGCUUCUUUGAUCCUACGAUUCUCUCUAGUGCAGCUAUUUAUGAAGUGUGUGCAUUUUUAGCUAUAACAAAUUGCAGUCCUUACAGCAAGGGUUGUGUUACUGUGUGAGCACAUGUUAUUAAAAUCAAAAAGCCUGCAGACCAGACCCUUCCUGACGUUAACAAUCCAAGUCUGAUGUAUUCAAUCCGUGUAUGUAUUUUACCUGUAUUGCAUUUACAACUUGAGGUACUCUUUGUAUUCCACAGUCUGCUGUUAUUGUAGAUGACAACAAUUUUCUCAUGCAGCCAGCUGGGAUAAGUGUGUCCCAAGGAAACUGAGAGACUUGUGCAAGGCCACCCAUUAAAACUUCACAGCAAGAUCGUAGUAAUUUGGGGGUUGCUGGUUUCCAGUACCAGGUUCUUAAGACCAUCACAGGAUCCUGGCCCAUGAUUUUCCUGCAGUCUGAGUGAUGAAGGAUGCAGUACUGAGAGUGCCAGGCAUGCAAAACCUUCUGUGGAUGGAAGUCAUCUACUGAAACCUAGAGUUUGAUUUUGGUUGAGCCUCAUAGUUUCCCAGAUGGGUGCAGUGUUCGUAUGUCCUCUCGAUCAUUGCUUGGCUCCAUCUAUCCUGAAAUGCAAUUUGGGCUGGUACAAUCUCAAACAAAGUCAAGAUGAGCUUUUGAUGAUUUUUUUCAUGUCAGCUUUCUUUAUUUGUUUUGCUGUGUAGUGCAAUAAUAGGCCUCAUAAUGAACCUCAUUGCAAUGAUUUUCCCUGAAUGCCUUGAGCAUGUGCUGUGAUCAGCAGAGGUUUAGCCCUACUGUCUGUGUUACACUGAAACUUGAGAGGGGUUAUUUGAGUGACCUUUGGUGCAGGAAACUGAAAUCUGAGAAAUUGGGCACUUAACAAAGAGCACAAGGGAAGGCAGCUGAAAUAAAAAUGAGCAGCUGAGAGGAAUCUGUGCCAGAAGGAUUUGGGGAGCUGACGAGAGGAAGUAAGCUCCAAGGAUCAGUUGGAUCUGUAGAGCAAUGUUCAUGCCUUGUCAGGGUGUUUUUGCUGGAGCUCAGAGGUUCCAGCCUCUUCUCAUUCCCAAACCUCUGAUGCAAGAGCUUCGUUUUUUGCUCUCUGCACAUGUGGAACUUGAGUUCCCAUGCAAAGGCCUCUCUGGUGGUGUGAGAGCAAAAAUAGCAGCACUGUUCUGCCAUACGCUCUGUUCAUCUGUGGCCACAGGGGAGCCACUGCAAACACCUGCUCCCUUACAAGGGCCACAGAGUUCCUCUAUUUUCUUCUUAAAAAUACGUAUUUUCUUUUAGCACCCUUUUCAUUUCCUGUGACAUAUCUGAAUAUCACUGGGAUGGCAAUGAAAUUUAUGGGAGCAACUUACAGCAUCUCCAAGUUAAUGAUAGAUGUGGAUAUGUUCUAUGAAUCUGAAAUAAAGAUAAUUUCAAAAGACUUCUGUAAAGCCUCCCUGGGAAGGACAUUUAAAACCAGAAAUGGGAAAAUAAUUUUUCCCACAUUUCUGCUGUAAGAUUGGCCAUGACAGCUGCACGUUCCAAACAUAAAACUGCAACAAAACUUAAAAAAAAAAAAGAAAUUUGUACAGCUCAGUGUUCUGUAAAAUUCACAUCUGAAAGAAUUUACUCGCUGACAAAUAUUGCUCAUGGUAUUCCAGUGCUUCUUGUGGAGAUGUUCAUUCAAACUGGCCAUACAGAGUCAACACAGUUUCUUCCCUGUUUGCUAAUAGGCUCUACAAUUAUUCUUUUGUCUUCCUCCCCGAUUUCAAUUAUUCUGCAGCUGCUUCUCACAACCGAGGGUGUGAAUGCUCCAGGAAUUCACCUGAGGCUGCUGCCAGGUGAGCAAAGCUGCUGCAUUGGCAUGGGGGGCAGACGGGGUCAGCCCCCGGAGCUGCCCUUCCCAGGGCUCUGCUCCCACCAUCCCUGCGAAUGAAUCUUCACCCACACAGACGCUGGCAAAGGGUGAACAAAACACGACUCCUUUUUGGUGUAUUUUCAUAAAGUUGAUGGUACUAGAAUACAAGUACUGUGCAAGGUAUUUACUUCUUGUAAAGCAAAGAAUUUCAUCUCUGUCUCUUCUUGGAAAUCUUGUGCUCUUGAUUUAUACAGCUGUUGUGUUAAACUGCAUUUUCUGUGCAGGAUGAAUAGGGCAUUUCUUCGGUUCUGGGGUCUCUCUUACUCCUGUCACAGCUGGCUUGGUCUGGAUGGAAGGAAAGUCCUGUUCUUCAGGAGAGGGGCUCCCGUGGAAGAAGGGGCCCUGUGGGAGAGGGCACACAUGGGAAAGGUGUCACCCUGAGAGAGGGAAUCCCGCCUGGGAGCGUAUCUCCAGCUCUCCCAGUUGUUUGGCGACUGGAUGUAGGAAUCAGUUGCCAGGCUGGUGCCUUUCUGCAAGUAAUUGGUUGAAUAUCGCAGGAUACAUUGUCACAGCAGUUCAAACUCUUCUGAAAUAGAUCCUUGGAUUCAUAUGUAAAUUUGUGCAAGUAAAUUGAUGAGCUAGUAGUGCCAGGAGCUGUCAAGGCAUCGAGGUUGUUACAGUGGGAUGCAGCAUGCAGGAGGUUUUAGAGAUGUGUGUUCUAUUGACAUGUCGGCUUGCCUGAAAUCCUUCACUGAGAUGAGAACUCACACACGGAACAGCUGCCAAGGUCAAUCACCACACUUUAAAUACAUAAAUAUAUAAAUACAUGAAUAUAAAUAUUUAUGUGUGUAUAUUUGCAUUUCACUUUGAAUUAUAUCUUGCACUUCCUAAGUGCCAUACCCAGAUGCUCCCACGGCCACCCCCUGUGUCAGGGGGUUGUGAGUUGCAAUCAUCCCCAACCUCUCCGAGCUGGGGACCCCCUGUGCUCCUUGGGGAUUCUCACAGAGCACCUGGCAUUCAGCUGCUUAAAUUCCAUUUUCUCUACAAAAUCGGUAGCAAGCUGCCAAAUUACCACUUCCCACUAGUUUUAAGUGUUCAACAGACGAAGGCAAGUGUUUGUGUGAGAAAAAACAGGAGAUUUUUAAGCAAGCUGAGUGGGUGUUUCUGUGACUUCAGCCGUGUGGACAGCACAGGCUGUUUCGCUCCAUGCUAUUGUUGCAUGACAUUCCUCUUGGCACAGUGUUUAUUUUUAGCCAGAGACUAUCACAAGUAUUUUUCAGCAGGACUGUCACUGCCCCUGAACAGGGAAUCAUAUUACUGCAAGAACUUUGCUGAAACAAAGAAGAUAUAUUGGACAAAUGGGAAAUUAUAAAUCUAGACCAACCCAGACUUGCACGGAUGAAUGGAAGAAGAAAGUCAGUGAAUCCUAUGCCACAGUCACAGAGCGGUUGGAGGACAACCUGCAAGUCAAGGAGAAGGAGCUGGCAGAGUUGAAGCAUGUUUUUAGCUCUGAUGAAGCCUUCUGCAAAGUCAAUCUGAAUUACCGCACGGAGAACGGGCUCUCGCUGCUCCACCUGUGCUGUGUGUGUGGGGGCAACAAAUCACACAUCAGAACUCUCAUGCUGAAAGGGCUGCGCCCAUCCCGACUAACGAGAAAUGGAUUUACAGCUCUGCACUUGGCAGCUUAUAAGGACAAUGUGGAGCUGCUCACAGCGCUGCUGCAUGGCGGGGCUGACAUCCAGCAGGUCGGGUACGGAGCACUGACGGCCCUGCACGUCGCCACCAUCGCCGGCCACCACAAGGCUGUGGAUAUUCUGCUGCAGCACGGAGCCUAUGUGAACGUGCAGGAUGCAGUGUUCUUCACCCCCCUGCAUAUUGCUGCAUAUUAUGGCCAUGAGCAGGUAACCCACCUCUUACUGAAGUUCGGAGCUGAUGUGAAUGUGAGUGGUGAAGUUGGGGACAGACCUCUCCAUCUGGCUGCUGCCAAAGGCUUUCUCAACAUCACAAAGCUUUUGAUGGAAGAGGGAAGCAAAGCUGAUGUGAAUGCUCAGGACAACGAAGAUCAUGUGCCUCUGCACUUCUGCUCUCGAUUUGGGCACCAUGAUAUUGUGAAGUUCUUACUGCAGAGCAGCUUCGAAGUGCAGCCCCACGUGGUGAAUAUCUAUGGAGACACACCUCUACACCUUGCCUGUUACAAUGGGAAGUUUGAAGUUGUCAAGGAAAUAAUUCAGCUCUCAGGAACAGAAAGCCUCACUAAAGAGAAUAUAUUCAGUGAAACAGCUUUCCACAGUGCUUGCACCUAUGGAAAGAACAUAGAACUUGUCAAGUUUCUUCUUGACCAGAAUGUUGUAAGCAUCAAUCAUCAAGGGAGAGAUGGGCACACAGGAUUGCACUGUGCUUGCUACCAUGGCCAUAUUCGCCUUGUGCAGUUCCUGCUGGAUAACGGAGCUGAUAUGAAUCUCGUAGCUUGUGAUCCCAGCAGGUCCAGUGGAGAAAAGGAUGAGCAGACCUGUUUGAUGUGGGCUUAUGAGAAAGGUCAUGAUGCAAUUGUGACCCUCCUGAAGCAUUACAAGAGACCUCAGGAUGAAUCCCCCUGCAACGAAUACUCCCAGCCUGGAGGAGAUGGUUCCUAUGUGUCAGUGCCAUCCCCUCUAGGGAAGAUUAAAAGCAUGACAAAAGAAAAGGCCAAUGUCCUCCUCCUCCGCGCUGGUUUGCCAUCACACUUCCACCUUCAGCUCUCUGAGAUAGAGUUCCAUGAGAUUAUUGGCUCAGGGUCUUUUGGAAAAGUCUAUAAGGGACGAUGUAGAAAUAAAAUUGUUGCAAUCAAACGUUACCGAGCCAACACCUACUGCUCCAAAUCCGAUGUGGACAUGUUCUGCCGUGAGGUUUCCAUUCUCUGCCGACUGAACCAUCCCUGUGUCAUCCAGUUCGUGGGAGCCUGCCUGGAUGACCCCAGCCAGUUUGCCAUCGUCACCCAGUACAUCUCCGGGGGAUCGCUCUUCUCCCUGCUCCAUGAGCAGAAGAGAAUUCUUGAUCUGCAGUCUAAAUUAAUCAUUGCUGUAGAUGUGGCCAAAGGCAUGGAGUACCUCCACAAUCUCACACAGCCCAUCAUACAUCGGGAUUUGAACAGUCACAAUAUUCUCCUGUAUGAGGAUGGUCAUGCAGUAGUCGCUGAUUUUGGAGAAUCUCGAUUUCUGCAAUCCCUGGAUGAAGACAACAUGACAAAACAACCUGGGAACCUGCGCUGGAUGGCCCCUGAGGUGUUCACCCAGUGCACGAGGUACACCAUCAAAGCCGAUGUCUUCAGCUAUGCUCUGUGCCUCUGGGAGCUGUUAACGGGGGAAAUUCCUUUUGCUCACCUGAAACCAGCGGCGGCGGCGGCGGACAUGGCGUACCAUCACAUCCGCCCACCCAUCGGCUACUCCAUCCCCAAGCCCAUCUCCGCCUUGCUGAUGAGGGGCUGGAACGCCUGUCCUGAGGGGAGACCAGAGUUUUCAGAAGUCGUCACAAAGUUAGAGGAGUGUCUGUGCAAUAUUGAGUUAAUGUCUCCAGCCUCCAGCAAUAGCAGCGGGUCCCUGUCUCCCUCCUCCUCCUCGGACUGCCUGGUGGCCCGGGGCGGUCCUGGGCGCAGCCACGUCGCCGCACUGCGCAGUCGCUUUGAGCUGGAAUACGCCUUGAACACGCGAGCGUAUGCUGCCUGGUCACAGGGCACUGGGCAGCCCCCUUCUCAGGGCCUGUCUCUGGAUGACAUGAGAAGGAACUUCCAGUACCCACCCGUGGACAAAAACGGUGAGCUACUGCUGAGUGCUCCUCCGAGCUCACGGAGCAGUGCCCCUGGUUAUUCUGCUGGCACUGCAGGGAGGGGGCUGGGGAGCACCGCUGCUGUGCCAAGCUGCAGGCGACUCUCUCUCUGCGCCUGGCAGGGUACGUGUCGGACCCCUUGAGCACCAUGAGGUUCCACUCCUGCGGCAGCAGCAGCAGCUUUGAGGACAGCAGCUGAGGGAGGGACCAUCCACGUGGCACCAGCCCAGCCAUCGACCUGCAGCUCCCGCUGAGCGUCACGCUGACAUCCCUGGACUGAACAGCUUUAGUGUUGAUGGCAAAUGUCCCUGCCUUGCAUUCUGCUUUUGCAUCUCCCUCAGCUGACCUGCCCAAGGGCUGGGUUUGGUGCUGUGCUGCUGUUCUGCAUCAUGGGAAUGUUGCAUUUUCAUCCUGGGCGCUGAUAAUGCAAUGAGAUGAAAGUAAAGAGACAUCAGUUAUAUUCUAGAGCUCUGAGGUAGGAUGCCCUUAGCUUGGACGGCCCUGAGGCAGGGGGCAGUCAGCCCACCCUUGCUGGGAGGUACCUGGGAACCACCAGCCCCAUCCCCAAUAAGACAAGGAACAGCUUGUAAGCCUCACCUGUGGGAGCUCAGUUGUUCCUGCUCACGGGUUCUGAACCAGACCUGGUUUGUUUUUGAGUUCCCCACAGGCCCAGACACAUCCUGUGUCCCAUUUCCUGCUCCGUGGCUUGAUGCAGCUCCCCAGCACAGCAGCCCCAGCCCCAGCUCAUCAGGGCCCUGACCCUCGGGUACUGUACUGGUCGCUGAGAACACAGACGUAUCUGGAUGCCCACCUUCCCUGAACUCCUCCAGACACCUGUGUUUUCUUAUCCACUUGGUUUGGUUUGAGGGAUUGUUUCUCCCAAAGAGUGUAAGCUUUCCUUCAGAUGUUUGCUUACAAAAAGCAACACAGGAACUUCAAAACAAACUUUUAACCAGAAGGAAAUUGUGUAAAAUUAUGUCACAAACAUUAACACAGUGCAAAGUGGCAUUUUUGACUUGAAGUAAACCAUGAUGUCAGGAUGCCAUCAUGCUGGGUGCCCAGUACCACCAAUAGGCCCUGCAGCAGCAACUCUGACCAUGGGGCAUUAAUAAAGAGAACAGAGGCAGGGUAGCAGAAGUUGAACUCUUCCUCUCAAAGUGAUUACAGAGUUAAUUGCACUGUUAUUUUCUGGGGUCUUUUUUCAAAUUAACAAAAUUUAUCUGUAAUACCGUAUGUGUGGACAAGGCAGAGCUGCCUUCCUGGCUGAGUGGGAAUCAGUACUUACCAUUGCUGGGCAGGGUGCUGUGGAUGUUAUUGAGGAUGUUGUUUUUCUACAGCCAUGAUCCCCGAAGCAGGUCUGCAGUGAGGCCUCGAGCACUGUGAUAGACACGAACUAUGACUGUAUGGUGGGCUCUGACGAUGCUUCUGACAUGCCUGCUGUUACUUCCAUAGUCCUAAAGCAAUAAAAAUGGAGAAGAUUUCACUAAAUAAAGCUUACAGGUCAUUUUCCAUU